CGGUGUGGAGGAGGUAAUACCGGAAGUGUGUGGGCACAGCGGGCGCAGCACGCAGAGCACGCACCAGCAGCAGCAGAAGCGCACAGACGCCUAUUGAAAAAUGGGAGUGCAUAAAGAAGUGCUGAGACCUGGAGAAGCGCAGUCGUACCCGCAUCGUGGACAGAAGGUUUCCGUGCACUACACCGGCACUUUGACAAAUGGGGAGAAGUUUGAUUCAUCCAAGGACCGUGGGAGGCCAUUUGAGUUCACCCUUGGACAAGGGGAGGUGAUCAAAGGCUGGGAUGAGGGCGUUGCUCAGAUGUGUGUUGGGGAGGUGGCCCGGCUGACCUGCACCCCAGACUACGCCUAUGGCGCUCGGGGAUACCCUCCGGUCAUCCCACCCAAUGCCACACUGGUCUUUGAGGUGGAACUCCUCAAGUGCUAUUAACCUUUUAAAUGCCCCAUAGCUCCUCAUUCCAUCCACAUCUUUGGCACCAACUUACUUAAUAUUGUGUUGUUAAUUGUGUUAUUUCAAUCACAAUCAAGUAUUCCACAAUUGUAAUGAAAUUUAAAUCUCCCCAAUGCUUUAGAAAUGUGGUAGUUGAGUUAACAUCAUGAGUUUAUUAGACACUCAGUGAUGUUUUUGCAACUUAAUAUUUUGUCCUUUUCUGUUGCCAGUACAUCUGAAAUAUUGUGGAAAAGAUCAUCAUUUUAACUUUUCUAUUGAAAAUAUAAUGUUCUCUACAUUCAGUACAUGCCAUCCAUGUGUUUUAUUUGAAUUCUUGAACUUGUCAACAGAUCUCAAAUUUGUCUAAACUGCAUGUUUGACUUUGUGAAUACUGAAUUGUUGUUGAAGUUUGACUACUGAAACAUGUUUCUUUUCCACAAUAUUAAAAUUUUAAAACAUGUGCCUGUAGUAGAUUCCUUGCUGUUUGAUUUUUGUAUUUCCCCCUUUUGCAUUAUCUCCCACUCCUUUUUGCCAUUUGAUCUUAAUAUGUGGGUAUUGCACUUCUUAAUUAAAACAUUGGAUAC